CCCCGGAGGACGUUGUGCCCGGAAGUGACGAGGAGCGCCAAAGAACUGAGCCUUAUUGACGCAAAGAAAGUGGUGUCUAGGCUAAAAAGCGCGAUGGAACCGCGACGAGCACCUUAGUGCGUUCUAGGGUUAAGAUCUCUCGGUGGAAUUCUAGCCGCAUUGGAGGUGGAAAGUGCGAUUUUUUCUCGCCCAGGUUAUGGCUAUGGAAGCCGAAACGCAACUUAUCGACAUACGCAACAGAGAAGCUCCUCUGGCCAUGGUUGUCAAUGGCAGCGUGCAUACGUUUUUAGAACCCUUUGAAAAUGGAGCCGCGGCAGAGGAACGACAAGACGAACAGGAUGACCCUUCAAAUGUCCCCAGUGGGGAUGCUCUGAAAGGAAAGCAGAUCCGCAAGAAAUUUGGAAGGAAAUUUUACACCGGGACUGUGUCGGAGUACGAGCCGGAUACAAACUGGUAUAAGGUAGUUUAUGAAGAUGGGGAUAGUGAGGAGCUCGAGUGGGCCGAGCUAAAGCCACUUAUCGCAGCGCAGGAACAAGUGUCGGCUAAGAAGCGCCGGGGUGGGGCCUCGACGCCAAAGAGCAAGAAGAUGCGCAAGACCAAGCCACUGGAGCUUGUUGUCGAGGAAAAGAUUGACUUGAACCAGGCCAUAGAACAAAACGGGGGAGAUAGUGUCGAAGAGCCGGAGCCGGGACAGCAGCGGCUUUUAGUCGUCGAGAGCUUUGCUAUUGAAGUGGAAACUGGUGUGAACCCUGACGAUGGAGCAAUAGCGGCAGCAGCCGAGAAAGGAGAAGCAGAAGAACAAGAGAAAGAACAAGUGCAAGUCAAAGGGAAGAAGCGAGGAAGGCCGGCCAAAGCCAAAACUGCGAAAGUCGGGAAAGCCGGAGGCAAAGCCAAGAAAGCAGCAGCGAGCAAGCCGACGGGGACACCUCGGCGUCCGGCCAAGCGAGCGAAGACGGAAGCUAGCAAAGGCACACCCAGGAAAAGUGGUCGGCUUUCGCAGACUCCAGUGUCCGAGGUGGUCAGUCCGGCAGGGAAGCAACGAAAGCAAAGUCCGGGGAAACGUAAGCUCGGUCAGACUAAACCCUCAUCAGCCGCGUCCGUGAGCCCCCAGAAGAAGCGACUCAGUGCCGCUACGAAGGGGAAAAAAGUCCAGGAAUCGCAGGAGGAAGAAACUCCCGGGCUGAGUUCACGGGCCAGAGGUUCGAAGCUACGGGGACGUAAACUUACGAAGGAGUUUGACGGCCGAACUUUCCACGGAGAAGUAGCGGGCUAUUCCAGUAAGACCAGAUACUACAAGAUCAGCUACGAGGACGGGGACGAGGAAGAGUUGGAGUGGAGGGAGCUUGAGCCUCUCCUCUUGGAGGAGGAGGCUGUCUCCUCGUCCUCGGCCGAGGCAGCCGGGACUUCCAAGCGAUCGUCGACGAAACGCGCAGCGAAAACUAAGCCGGUUUCUCCCAGGCCACUGCCUCCAGUUACCAGAUCCAACCAGAAGCUGAGAGCCAGAAGAAAAACGAGCAGUGUGAGCUAGUAGAACUCUCUAUGAACUCCCGUGAACUUAGCAAAGAACCAAUGUGAUUGAUCCAUGCUUUUGCUGCUGCGACCAUGAAUCGAAAAGAAUGUUAAAAGUCCGGGCUUGUUAGAAAAACGAGCAGUGUGUGCUAGUAGAACUCUAUGAACUCGCUGUGAACUUACCAAAGAACCAAUGUGACAAUAAGAUUGAUCUUACCGAA